AUGCCCACCUCCCUCCCCCCACCACCACCACCACCACCCAUCCGCAUCGCCAUCAUCGGCAGCGGCCUCGCCGGCGCCGCCCUCCUGCGCGGGCUCCUCCGGCACCCGCCCCACCUCCUCUCCGUCGACAUGUACGCCACGCGCCCGACCUUCAAGGAGGAAGGGCCGGGCCUGUGCUUCUUCGACGCCGCGGCGCUCGCCCUCAUCGACCCGGAGCUCGCGGGCUGCCUCGAGCGCGCGGGCGCCGUGCUCGCGACGGCGGAGACGAGGGUCGCGGUCGGCGAGGGCGCGGGCGCGGCGGUGCGGAUUAGGGGGUUGGGCGAGCGCUCGCACUGGAAUGUUAACCGCGAGGCGCUUUUGCGGGAGAUGUUGCGGGGGGUGCCGGCGGGGGUGGUGCGUCCUGGGCCUAGUGGUGGGGGUAGUGGUGGUGGCACAAAGGCGAUCGUGUCUGUGGCGGCGCUGGGGGCGGGGCAAGGGCAGUUGAUCACGUUUGACGACGGGACGCAGGAACGCUACGAUGUGGUGGUGGGCGCGGAGGGCGCGCACGGGUUCACGCGGCGGCUGGUGCUGGGGGACGACGAGGCGCUGGUUAAGCCGAGGGCCACCGGGUUCUGGGGCCUGCCGAUCAAGGUGCCGCUGCGGAGGGCGCAGGAGGUGAUGGGCGCGGGGGAGCUGUUGGAUCCGAGGAACCCGAGGCAGAUGGGGUGGAUUGGGGACGGCACGAUGAUGCUUUGUAAUAUGGUGGAUGGUGGGGAUGAGGUGCAGAUUAUUGUGCACGGGAAGACGGAUGGGGAGGGAGAGGGGGAGGGGGAGGGGGAUAAGGAGCCGGAGUGGGCGAAGCUGUUCACGACGGAGGAGUUUAGGGAGAUGUUUGCGGGGUAUAGGGUCCCGAUGUGUCAGGGCAUGGUCGAUCUCAUCCUAAGCGUCUACACCGUCCAAGUCGCCGCAAUCUGCCAGCUCGAGCACCGCCCGGCGCCCACCUACGCAACCGACAGCAUCUGCCUCCUGGGCGACUCCGCGCACAGCAUGCUCCCCUUCCAAGGCGCCUCCGCGUGCCUCGCUCUCGAGGAGGCCCUCAUCCUCAGCACGCUGCUCGGCCGCCUGCCCUCCAAGGCCGCCAUCCCCGCCGCCCUGAAGGCUUACGAUAGCGUGUGCCGCCCGCGCGCUGAGCAGGCCGCCAGAGAUAGUGCGGAGACGGGGCUGUUGGUUACGGGGAGGAUGCCGGGGGUGGGGGUUGACCCCGAGGCGCUCCAGGGAAGGCUGAGGGGGAUGUGGGACUUUCUGUUGGGGAUUGAUGUACGGGCGUAUAGGGCGGCGGCGGCGGCGGUUAUGGAUCAGUUGUUGGUGGAUGGGGGGGCGGGGUGGCAGUGAGAGAGGAUGAGGUUUGUGUUUUUGUUUUCCUCUCUUUUUAAAUGUAUAGAUAUUUCCUAUUUUUUUCUUUUUCUUUUUUUCUCUUUUCCUUUACAUUUUCACUAUGGCAGGCAUCGAACAUUCUUCAACAUGGUAUAGAUCGGUACUAGGUGGAUAUAUAUGGGCACCUCGUGCAUAGCGAUGGGAUAGAUUCAGCAUUGGGCUACGGUGCAUUGGCAGGUACUAGAUAUAGAUAUAGAUCGGUAUAUGUAUAGAUGUAGACACGAGAAAUGGUAUCACGAGUUUGCAUUUCAGACCUUGCCGUUUGCUGGGAAAGGGCUUUGUCAGAUAUGUGCUCACCUACAAGGUGCCUAUGGUAGUUUGGCAGGUAGGGGAUGAUGAUACCAAACUUGGAGUAAUUAAUUUGUUAG